UACACUUUGUUUUUAUUCUAUUGUUAUGGUUUGGGUUGCUAUUAGCAACCAUUGAAACCUUUGACAUAUGUUUCCAAAAACUUUAACUAUUGAAAAUAAAAAACAAUGAAUAACACCAUUAGAGAAUUACCCUAUAAACCCAGUUUGAUAUUACAAAUCUUAAUGUUUUGUAAUGUUUAUUUAUCGAUAGCCUGGAAUGUGGUCUAUGGAUUUUAUAUACUUUACAAUGUAAGUCAAACUAAUACCACAAUGUUGCAAUUCAUACAAAAAUCCUUUACCAAACAGCUAUCUAAUUUAUACGACUUGCAUGGCAUUUGUGUGAUAGUGGCCUAUUUAGUGGGUUCCAUAGUGGAAUUCUAUCGUUUACGUAUGGGCUAUAAAGGCAAUUUACAUUCUAGGCCUGGUGACUUGUGUACCUUUUUGAUAUUGUCACCGUUUGUACAAUUGCCCGUUUUAUUAUUUUUAUUAUUAUCGGCUCAAAACUUUUCCACUUUAAUUACCUCCAUAGCGCUUUGUUCAUUUGUUGUUAUGGGUUUAGAAUUUGUAUUCGGUUUAGCUAUUUUAUGGCCCAAAUCUGAAAAACCUAUAAAUGUGAAUAAGUAGUCAACUAGUUUUGCUAAAAUUUAAAAUUUUAUUAUUACACUUAUAGGAAAUUAAAUAAGAACACUGAAAUAUAUUUUUAUAUUAAAAUUAAAGCUUAAUCUCUUUUGUCUACAAUUUUGUUAAAAAAAAAACU